ACACCAUUAAAGGCGGAAAUAGAGGAAUAUUUGAUAUAUUUCGGAGUGAUCUGUGGUGUAGCCCUUUUCAUUAAGGUGUUCAACAUUUGCUAUCUAUACAAGUAUGGAUUUCAGACAGACUCUGGUAACACGGAAUCAUCAACAUGGCAAGAACUAAAGGACUUCGCAAGGAACAACCGAUGUCUUGUAAUAGGUUUUGCAGUAUUCAUCAUAUUUGGAUUGUUGAUCUCAUUGGGGAUUUUGAUUACUGGGACUCGUCUUUACUUUGAUGAUAUACUGGGACAUAAAGACAUCAAAGUUCUCUUUACGCAUAUCUAUAUCUUUGGAAAAGAUGUGACGUCAUGGGUCUCUAUAAUGUCUAAGGUCAUGGUCAGUACCGGCUGCGUUUCCUUCGUCAUCUUCUGUCUUGGAAUCGUGAGCGUAUUUCUUGGAGUGGCACGAAUGUACUACGUGGCAGUACUCGCUUUAGUGACGUCCCUGCUGUUCAAACUGAUUUCCAUUUUAUUGUGGAUUCCAGUCCGAGUUUCAUUUGACUGGGAUCUACGUGGAGAGAUGUAUAGUGCUUUACAUGCAUAUUACAAAACAGAUAAUGCAAGUCCGGGUAUUGAUAAGUAUCUCAGCGAUAAUAAUCUAGGCUUUAACACCCUGUUUUACCAGGGUAAAUGCUGUUUGCUACAAUCAAGUGUAUUCACAACUCUUAGAUCAACGCUUGUUUUAUGGAGAGAUUGGCCCUGGACGUGCUAUCCCUGCGAAUAUGAGAAAGGUGUUCGCUGGCAAAUUUUGCAGUCUCAUUCUACCGCUAUGUGUCCCGGUGUAUCGGCGUAUACUGAGGAAUGUACCACUACUGUUCUGGAUUCCACACUGCAUCGGUACGACACGACAGCAGUAGUUUUUUCCGCCAUUAUGAUCCUUCUGGAGGUGCUGUUGAUUAUAAUCCUGGAUAGAGCCUACAAGGUUCGAGUGGAUCCAAAAGAGGGAGAACAGGCCAGGGGACUUUUUUCAAGUCUUUUCUUAAACAAUAGAUUCAUCAAUGAUACAACGAUGCCGAAAUGUAAAUACUUUGCAUUGGGACUCUGUUUGUUUAAAGUUGUGUCAUUACUGUUGGAAGUUAUAAUGACCGUUGGUAUCAUCUUGGAGAAAUUUGAACCUGGAUAUUUUGAUGGUACGGAACAGGAAUUCCUUAAUGACGUUUUCUCCGGUGACAUCAGCCUCGGAUACGUUACGCAUGCGCUUGGAAUGUUACUUUUGACCCUGACUGUCAUUUCUUUUGUACUCAAUCUUUUCACGAUCAUUGCGGUGUUGCGAAAAUGGAAGUAUUUUCUAUUUGCACUUUUAUUCGUGACAAUUGUAUUGUGGGCCUGUAACGUUGUGAUUCUUGGACUUCUGAGUCGGGUGCUAGACGUGGCUUAUUGCUGCGAUAAGUCUCCGAACUGCUCCUACAGAACAGAUACAGACUCGGACUCAUUUCAACAGUUCUGUACCAAGGUAUACCACGAUAAAAUACACAAGGUCAUCGGCGUGUCUAUUGCCUACGUCAUCACCAUGAUAAUCUUACAGGUUGUGUGUGUUGUGUUAUCGGACCGACUGUACAAACGCCUUCAGGAACAGUCGGAUCAGGAUAAAGAUGCUUCCGGAAUAUUGUCUUCCGUCUGGACCGCUUCCACCAACAACAGAUUCAUCAACCAAAACCGGAUGCCAAACUUCACAAAUCUUGCCGCUAUUUUUAUGUCGUUUAAGGGAAUAACAAUGAUACAUUUACCAAAGCACUUAUCAGAACAGGUUUGCGAACUCGUGGUGUCCAUUGGAAUCAUACUACAGAAGUUUAGUCCAGACUAUUUCUACACGACCGAGAUGGUUUACCUCAACGAUAUCUACUCGGGCGACUUAACCCUAGGUUACGUCAUCCACGUCACAGCCAUCGUCAUGUUUUGCGUCAUUUUGUUGUCUCUGGGGCUCGGUGUACUAGGAGUAAUAGCCGUGUAUAAAGGCUGGCGGAGAGUGAUGAGUGUAAUUGUUAUACCGACUCUAGUACUGACUAUUGUAGAACUGAUUUGUCUUGGAUUGCUGUCUUUAGUUUUGUCGGUUGCGUACUGCUGUGACUACGGCUCUGCCUGCACCUUCCGUACCCACGGGAACUCGCCUCCUCUUGAAGAUCUUUGCAAGCACGGUUUCCAGGGAGCUGUGUUCAAUGUGGUCGGAUCUUUUAUCGGAUUCAUUGUCGCUCACCUCGUACUACAGGUAGUUGCUCUGUGUCUGGCAGAUAGAAUCUACAAAAGAAUGUCCAUAAAAGAAGCCCCAGAUGAUCCAUCUUAUGGAAUGUUUCAAAGCAUUCUGAUAUCCAUGGUCAACAACAGAUUCAUUAACCAAGAGCGGAUGCCGAACUACACAGUUUUGGCAGCGGUUUUUAUGACGUUGAAGGGGAUAGCAAUGGUUGGCGAACUUGUUGUGUCCAUCGGAAUCAUACUACAGAAGUUUAGUCCAGACUAUUUCUACACGACCGAGAUGGUUUACCUCAACGAAAUCUACUCGGGCGACUUAACCCUUGGUUACGUCACCCACGUCACAGCCAUCGUCAUGUUUUGCGUCAUCGUGCUGUCUCUGGGGCUCGGUGUACUAGGAGUCAUAGCCGUGUAUAAAGGCUGGCGGAGAGUGAUGAGUGUAGUUGUUAUACUGACCCUAUUAUUGAGCAUAACAGAGGGGAUCUGUCUUGGAUUAUUGUCUCUAGUUUUGUCAGUCGCGUACUGCUGUGACUACGGAUCGUCCUGCACCUUCUACGCAUCCUCAUCUACGCUUUCCUUAGAAAACCUUUGCAAGCACGGUUUCCAGGGAGCUGUAUACAAUGUGGUCGGAACUUUUAUCGGAUUCAUUGUCGUUCACCUCGUACUACAGAUAGUCGUUAUGGGUCUAGCAGAUCGAAUCUAUAAAAGAGUAUCAACGAAUUUGAAUAAAGGAAUUGAUAUCAAAGAUCAUGGACUAUUUCGAACCAUUCUCAGGAAGUUCGUCAACAACAGAUUAAUCAACCAGGAGAAAAUGCCUGAUUUCACACUGAUGGCAUUCGUUUACGUAGCCGGCAAUAUACUUAUGACUGCGAUAGACAUUUCGGCCUGGAUAGCGAUAUUAUUGUACGUUGUAAGAUACGACAGUCAGCUGGACGGGAUGUACGUGGGUACGCUAUACCUGGCCGAGAUGACGCGAGGAGCGAGCAUCACACUGCUUGUGAUCAUUCCCAUUUCAUCAAUAUUCAACGUGUGCAAAGUGGUCUGGUGUGUCAUUAAAUAUGAUACGGGUUUACUGUGGAGUACACUGCCCGAGAUAUUGCGUCUGGUUGUUGACAGCGUCAUCUUGGGCCUGUAUGCACAACUAUUGGAGAGUAUCAGGUUAUCGGAUAGAGACAUCUACCGAGGGAUGUAUGGACUGACGCUGGCAUACCUGUGUGUUAAUAUAGCAGCUCAGCUCGUUUUGUUUGCAAUUAAAGACCGUUUGCAUAAACGAAUAGAAACCAGCUCCUCAGUAACGGAUUCCUCAGGCUUGAUAACACGGCUUUGGAGAGCGGUUGUUAGACACAGAUUUUUUGAAACAGAUUCAGGGAAAACAAAUAAGACCGCCCUUGGCUUUUGUUUCCUUUCCUGUUGUCUUGUGGUGUGGGAAAUAGCUGUGUGGGUAGCUGUUCUACUACAAGCAGAAAGUCCGGGGUAUCUACAUGGCACGUUCCGCACAGAACUAGGCCAAGAGUACGAUGAUGAUUCCUUUUGGCGCCUUCUUGUCACGUUGCUGGUUUUGGAGUGGUUCUACGUCAUCUUCCACGUAGUUACUGUCAUCGCCGUCAUCAAAAGGCGCAGGCCUUUUCUGUAUGGUGCAUCUGGUCUACUGUCAUGCAUACUUGUUUCUGACUUGGUGACGUCAGGAAUCGCGUCAGACUGGCUUGAUAAGGCAUAUAACUGUUCCUCGUCAUCAAAGUUCUGCAGUACGCACGUAUCUAAAUUGUAUGAGUUGUGUGGCGUCUUCAUCGGCCUCAACAUCGUACACCUGUGUCUUGUGGGAAUACUGUUAGGCCUGUGUAUUUACCAGCUAUGUAUAUCAGCCGUCUCGACAAAAAUAUCUUCUAUUGGCGAAGACGUGAAAAUGAAACCCUCGAAGCAAACAGAUCAAAAAGACGGUGUGAUAUCCUCUACGCGGCCUCUGACUAGCUCCAGUGUGGGAUCCGUAUCGAGCAUUACAGACAAUUAAAGUAUUCAUAUAAAUGUGAUGUAGGGUUACUGUUUUGAAUGUGGUGGAUGUUUAACUGUUUUAACUGUGUGUGGUGGAGGUUAAACUCUUUUAAAUGUGAUGUAGGGUUACUGUUUUAAAUGUGGUGGAUGUUUAACUGUUUUAACUGUGUGUGGUGGAGGUUAAACUCUUUUAAAUGUGAUGUAGGGUUA